UCAUAGAAUUGAAUUCUACAGUGGCGACUGUACAGAUCUGCAAUUCACAUACACUGAAGGCUCUUUGUAGUUCCUGUAUCUGUAGAGAACGCAGGAAAACUAAAUAUGAAUAAGUUGUUUUCUGAAAACUCAGGAGCUUUUGCAAAUAGCAGGUCUGUUCAUCUAAAGGAUGGUGAGAUUUCAUCUGAAGAUAUCUACAUGAAUGAAGCAGCAGAAACUCAAGUGACCAGAAGCAAAACAACUCAGAUCUCAGCUUCAGACCCCAAUGCUGCAGGAUUCAGAUGUUACAGACCAGCCGCAGUGUGUCUGCUGAUUCUGGUUGUUCUUUUGCUGGCUGCUAUCACAAUACUGGGGGUCCUGCUGACUACAGAGAGAGACCGUUUAGAGACCAGAUACAACAACCUGACUGCUGAGAAGGAACAGUUAGACAUCAGUUACAAAAAAGUGUCUGAAGAAAGAGACCAGUUUCAGAAGAAGACUGAUGAACUCCAGAAUAAGAUUUCUCAGCUGAUGAAAGACAUUAACACACCGGGAUGGAAAUACUUCAGCUCCAGUAUUUACUUCAUCUCUACUGAGAAGAAAAGCUGGAGUGAGGGCAGACAUGACUGCAUUGAAAUAGGAGCAGACCUGGUGAUCAUAAACAGCAGAGAUGAACAGGACUUUGUUGAGAUGUGGAGAAGAGGUGAAGGUGCCUGGAUUGGUGCAAAUGACAGAGACAGUGAGGGGGUCUGGAAAUGGGUGGAUGGUACAACACUGACCAGUGGGUUCUGGAGUUCUGGGGAGCCCAACAAUAAAGGUGAUGAGGAUUGUGCUGUAUCUGGCUAUCGCUCUGAACCUGUACCAAAUUGGGUUGAUGUUUCCUGUAGUUCUGAGUAUAUCUGGAUCUGUGAGAAGAAAAUUAACAGCUGAAAUCUUGUAUAUCAAUAAAAAUAAGUGAAGAUGUUUUGGAUCAUAAUUGUAAUUUUUUGUUUGAUUUGACGAAUAUAUUGUAUAAGAAAGAAUAAGAGAAAAACCUGAUGGAAAAUUAUAAAGAAAAUGUAACAUGGUCAUGGUUCUGUGUUUUUGACUUUCGCUGAUAUGCUUUUAUUGUAUUGAUUUUGUCCUGAAUGUGCAUUUUUAAGCCAAAGGUGGUUUCACUUAGUAUUAACCCAGCAGGGUGAAUACUUAUGCAACCAAAAAUUAAUGCCUUCUUUUUAUUAACUUUUGUUCCCAAUGAAAAUGAAAACCAAUGUUCACUUGGACAAAUUAGAUAUAUUGUGUUCUCAAUGAAUCCCAAUAAAACUGUAACAUUACAAAAUGUGGAGAGGUUCAGAAAGAGCAAUGGCCACUUGGGUCAUAAGUGGGAUAAAUAGAUGAAGAGAGAUUUAAGUCAGCUAUAAAAUGGGCAUAUUCUUAGCUUAGGAGGAAGAGCCCAGAGUGAGCAAGGCAUACUCUAAAGCCUGUGUACAGUAAACACCUUUAAAUCCUUUGCAAUACCAAACAAAUACAAGCUCUUUCAUUAUUAUUGUUUUCAGCUCCCUACCUACACUGCUGUUUUAUUACGGUUCUGUCUCGGCUUAUGACUGAGUAGAAGACUUUCUGUAGCAACCAUUUCAGUGUUCAUAGAAUAUUCAGUCUUGUCAUAUUGUGGUGUUGCAGAUGGCUUUUCUUAGUUUGAGUUUCAAAAUGAAUUACGCAAGUGCAGAAUGCAAGUGCAAAGCAAAGCAAGCUAUGGUAACACACCA